ACAAUUAGGGGUGAGAGCCUAAGACCUCAGUUGCUCAGAAAUCACAAUUUUCACUUCUCAAAACUCAGAAGUCGCUCCUCACUCCUCUGACGACGACUUCACUGCUCGAGAGUUCGAUGGUCGAGCUGAUGCUCGACAGUUCGAGUGUUCGACUGCUCAGUGACGAUUUCACGGUUGAAGCUCUGAACUCAGAACUGAAGCUCACGAUUUCUCAUUCUCUGCGCUUGCUGCCGCCUGCAGUGUAAUCAAAAAAAUUUCUUCUUGUAGGCCAUUAAGAGAAGUCAAGGUUAGCAACAUGGACCUUAAACCAUUCAAAUUAGACAUUGACGAGCUUAUAAAUGAGUUUGCCAAGGGUGGAUCUCCUACUUUUGCAGAAAUGAAGAGAGUGUGGGCUUCUAAAAAGUUCUCCUAUAUUUUCGAGGCUAGUCCGUCUAAAGAUCAGGCAUGCUUUAUGCAAUCACUCUAUGCAUAUUGCAGUGGUUACAUGGUGUCUACUAAUUCUCUUUUGAGUAGACUGGGGGGACUAUAUUGCCUAUAUUGCCUCUAUGAGACACAGCCAUUCAAGCCUCCUUUCAAGAUUUAUAUAUCUCUGGGCGAGUUAAAGAACCUUAGGAACGUUGUAGCUGAGGCAAAGACCAAAGAUGUUAAAGUUAUCCCUGCUCUAGUCAAGCGUAUGUUAGAUAGGAACAUGUUUCUUUUUGGGUUUGUGGAUGUGAAUGAAAGCUCUGCUGCAGAGAGAUUAGACGAAUUGACAGAAAUACAAAAUGCAAGUAUUCAAAUAGCAUGCAAAAAGUUAUUUGCAAAUAGCCGGAUCAAGCACUUCACCCACAUGGAUAUGGGAUUGGAGCUUGAGGUGGAUUUGCUCAAGCAAAAGUCAGCAGAAUAUGCAAGGGCGAAAGAACAAGCUAUUAAAGGGGCUAGUGACAUUGUGGAUGUAGAAAAUAUAAAGCACAUAACAGAGAACCAGACAUUGAUAGGAGACAUGGUCGGGAAGACUGCUGAUGACUGGAAAGCUCAGAAGGAAUUAUAUUAUCAAAAAACAGGCAUUCGUCAUCAGCCUGUCAAAGACUCAGUUGACGUUGUCGGAGAAGAGCAGGAUAAGUCCCAACAAGAAGUGGCUGAAGAGCAGGAUGACAAUGAGGACUUCAGUAAGGAACUUGAAGAAGUGUUAUUGUCUGCUCAGAACGACUCUGACUUCGAAGAGCAGAGGACUCUUGGAAGGUUUAGUUGAUAAGUCAUAAGUAUGAUUGUAUGUGUUUUUUGAGUAAAUGAGAAUGAUAGAGCAGACCGUCUUCUUAUUUUGAACUUUCUCCAGAAAUGGGACAGUAAGAUCAAAAGUUGUUCUUGACCCAACAACAUAGUAUGGUGUAAUCUUACCAGUGAAAUUUGGGUAGGGUCCAACACUUGUUAUAUUUUUGUAUGUCUUUAAUGACCUAUGAAAGGAUUUUAAAAUUUACACAUUUAGUGUAAUCAACAUGACAAUGACAUGUACGAUGUUUAAA